GUGGUGACAGUUAGUAAGAAAUAAUGGAAGAAGAAGCAGAGCAGCGCAGGAGGAAGGUGCAGGCUGGCAAAGCAAAGCUUGAUAGUUUCAGACAGCGCAAAGCAAAAGGGAAAGGCUCACAGACACAGAAGAAGAAGAAGAAGAGGAAGGAUUCGCUUGUAUGCAAGAAUGACAUUCCGACGGCGGAGAGCACGUUAGAGACUGUAAAGAAUCCUUUGGAAGAGCUGGCAACUGCAGGGAUUACUCAAGCAAAGACACAUUUGCAGUGCGGAUCUCUGGAUAUUUCAGAAUUUCAGGAAAGCAUGUUUGCCUCAGAUGACCAUCUUCAGCACAUAGCAAGUGGACAUUCAGAGGAUAUUCUAGAGCUUCAGGAGAAUUUGAACCUAGAGACUAUCUCCCAUAACAGACAAGAGGAGUUAGAAACCGCUCUCCAGGAUCGUGAUGACAUCAUUACUCAGUUAUCCACUAACUUGCAGCAGGCUCUACAGAGUCGUGAGGAGAUGGAGGAAGAGGCCAUGUUAGUCUCCAAUAAGAUCCAUGCCAUGCAACUUCAACUGCAGGAUGCUAGUGAGAUUCUUAGGUGCAAGAGCCCAGGAAAGUCUGACUUAUACAAAGCUCAGCAACAAAUCUCAAUAAUCCAGCGUAAUCUCACGCAACAGACUACACACAUGAAUCGCAUAGACAAAAGAGCGCAAGAUCUAGAAAAGGAACUGGAAAAGUCCCGCAAAGCAACUAAAGAUAAGGAAACUCAAGUAGCGAAGCUAGAAGAAUUCGUGCAGGAGCAAGAGAAGAAACUGUCAGUCCUGCAAGAGAAACUGAAGGCAUCCGAAAUCUCCAUUACAGAGAUAACAUCCCUGCAAACAGAACCCACAUCUGAAAAUUUGGAAGGCUUUGCAUAUGGUUGUGUAUUUGAUAGAGGUGAACCUUUUGCAUUCAGUUCUGUAGAGGAGUGUGUCAAGUCCCUCUCUGCUGUGAUUUAUGACUUAAAAGAAAAGCUCAGAGAAUCAGAGACUCUCCGGGAGAAUUUGCACAACAAGCUUGAAGAACAAAUGCUGCAAUUUCAAAAUGAAAGAUCUCACUGGGAACAAAGUCAUGCCGAUACUGUCAAAAGUCUUACUAUACAGUUAGAACUUGCGGAAGAGCAAGCAAAGGAAACUGCAACUAAAGAUAAACAAGACAAAGAGCGCUUGAAUGAGGAGCUCCGUGAUCUGAAAGAGAAGUUGAAGCUAGAAACUGAGAACAGCCAAAAUCUUAAACUCCAGCAUGACAAAGAAUUGCAGAUGUAUAUAGAGAAACUGCAGCAUUUAGAAGAUGAUAGAGACAAAGUCCAUCAGGAAUGGCCCACAACCAGAACAGAGAAUGUUGAUGGUAAUCUCCGUGUUGAACAGGAAAGUGCAGCAAGACUACUUCAUCAUGACGUGACCAUGGACAACUUCAGACAUGAGCUAGCAGAUCUGAAGAAAAGCUUGAAUAGAGUCAAAGCCAGGAAAGAAGAAGAGAACUGCAAAGUAGCCCAGCUUCAUGAAGGCAGAGAGGAUGAUGAACUGGAUUACCUUUCAGACAUUGCUUCCAUGGAAAAGUACUUAAUACCCACCUGCAGGCAGGAGGUGUUUGACCAGUCUGGUGACAGGCAGGAUGUAUUUGACCAGUCUGGUGACAGGCAGGAGAUGUUUGACCAAUCUGAUGAUCUGCAAGACGCUAGCCGUAUUGAGUUGGAUAGUGACUUUAUACUGGAAAGGAGUCUAGACUCAACCCUUGAGGGGAACAUCAAUCUCCUCUGUUCGCCUAUGCCAAUCACAAAUGUUUUAGCAGGAGGUGCUUUGAUUGGGACACUUUUGGAUCCAGAGUCUUUUGCAGUCUAUCUCUCCAGCAACCAGAUGUCUCCUGAAGUGCGAAGUAAUCUCAGCAAUUUGUCUGAGGAAGACUUGUUGCAAAGGUGCGUCUUGUUAAAGCAGCAGCUGUAUGACAAAGAGCAGCAAUUACAGAAAUCUUCUGACAACCUUGAAGAAGCCCUAGGGAAAUGGAGAGAAGUUACUGCUGAGUUGCGUGCCACCCAAAUGGAACUGGAAAGAGAGAGGAUAAUCAACAAAAAUGACUUUGAGGUUCAUAAGCAAAUUAUGGAUGAAUGCCCAAGGGAACAAACUGCUCAUAAGCAUGAAGUGGAGAAGGAACAAGAUCAGAUGCCAUCUAUUGAGGAACUUUGCCAUGAGAGAGAACAACUUAAACAUACGCUGUUGUCAGGAGAAGAAUCUUUAUCCAAGCUGCUAGUGGAAAAUAAUCUCUUACAAGAGAGCCUGGACAAGGCCCAUACAUUAAAUAACAAACUUGAACUUGACAUUGUCCAACUUAGCCAAACUUUACAGGAAUCUGAGAAGGGCAGAGAGUCUGAUCGACAGGAAUUUGACAAUAAAUUAAACUCCAAGGGCAUGGAACAGCAGCUAUUACAUGUGACAAUUAAGGAAAAGGAAGCAGAGUUCUAUGAGCGAGAAAAAAGCCUACAUGAGCAAUUAAAUGCGCUAAAGGAAAUGAUAGCAGAGCUUGAGAACAGACUGCAAACAGAGAGUGAUGUUUUGAAUAAAAAGUUUCAGAGGGAUGUGGAGGUAUCCGAAGGAAAAUGGAGGGAGCAGGUGGAUUCCAUAAAACAGGAACAUGAGGGAGAGAUGAGCAUGCUCCGUGCUAGCCACCAGGACGAGCUUCUCAGGGUUCAGUCAGAUCUUCAUGCAGAAAAAGGACUACUGGAGGAGCUUGAACAGCAACUAGAUGCAUCUCACCAUUCAUUAGUGCAACAGACACAGUCUGCCCAUCAUUUGGAGCUGGAAGCUUUGCGUCUAAGCCUGACCAACAUGCAUUCUGCUCACCUAGAACUCAGCCAGACUAACCUGCAGAAAGAAAAAGAGAAUGCCCUUGUACAGUUGCGUGAGGCAUUAAAUGACAAGCGAGCUCAGGAGGUGGCUAUCCUUCAGGGAAGACAUCAAUUUGAAUUACAACAAUUUCAAAACCAGCAUUCUGAAGAGUUGGCACGUGUCCAGGACCAACACUUUCAAAACCUGCAGCAGCUGCGAGAGGACCAUUCACAGGAAAAAUUACAGCUACAAGAGAAACAUCAACAGGUGACUGAUCAGUUGCAAGAUGCCCAUACAUUGGAAAUAGUCCAGAUGCAAGAGCUGCAUAGCAAAGAGAUGGAAAGACUGACGGAGGAGCACAUCCAGAAAAAGAAGGAAUGGGAAAGCCAGGCUAAGCAAAGGCAUCAGCAAGAAAUAGCUCAUGUGAAGGAAGCCAUUGUCAUGGAAAUAUCUGUACAGCAUGAGGAUGCCUUGAAGAACCUUCAAGUACUGUUGGAAGAAGAGCAAAUGCGGUGCUUUGAGCUGACCUCACAGGAGACAAUCUUGCAAACCGAGCUUGAUCAGCUUAGAGAAAUGAUACAGACUAUAUCUACAAGCAAGGAUCAGGAGGAUUCUUCUCCAACAACCCUGUAUUCUGAGCAAGACGAUGAACAAAUGUCCUAUUCAAGUACUUUAGAACAAGGACCAGAUGACUGUGAAAAACCAAGGGUGGAGGAUAGGCAUCCACAGAUGCUCCGCAAACUGCAGUCUGGAUACCAUGAAGAAAAUGAUCUGUCUAAUGAAGGAAUCCAGCUCUUCUGGUCCCAGUUGGACAGCAAUCGUGCAAGUCGUCAGGAGCUGCAUGAGCUAAAGGAGCAGCUGCUGGCCCGCAGUGCUCAGGUAGAGGAGAUCAAGAAACUGAAGAAGGAGUUUGAAGACCAGAAACUUCUCAUAAAAACCGAGCAUGAGCGGGAGAUGGAGGAACUGAGGAUCUACUUUGAACAGAAGUCCCGAGUCUCAGAGGAGAGUUUCAGGGAAGAACUGGAGAUCCUUCAUCAGCGUUUACAAGAAAUGAAUGAUGAUGACCGAGAGGAGCUUGAUUCUCCGCACAGCCCUGCUUUACCACUAGUUUUGGUAUCUGAAAGUGAUCAGUUUGACCUUCUCCAGCAACUGACAGACCAACUGGAACAUCACAAGGAGGAGAUUUCUUUCUUACGCCUUCACUCUGAAGAGAAGCAUAAGCAGGAGCUAGACGACAUUCACGGUGCUUUGACUCUUCUGUACAAAGAGGAUGUGUUAAACAUGAAGAUGGAACUGUCUGACAGAUACAGAUCUGAGAUUGAUGUUCUGAAGAAGAAGCACUCUCUGGAGCUAGAGCAACUCAGGGCUAGAUUGUCAGAAGAGCAUGUAAGAGAAAUAAAGUUACAUCUGCAAAGUGCUCGGCAAUCAGGUUUGGUAGAAAGUCAAGAUGAUUACCCAGAUGAACUGUGUAUUUACACAAUAAAUAAACCUGUUAUAGAAACCGAGACCUCUUCAGAGGUGAAAACAGCUAACCAGCUUGAUGAGCCACUAACAGCUAUGUUGGACAAGAGGGAUCAGUUCUGUCAGACAGAACCACUUCCUAACGUUCAGAGUUCUGAAUUGAGUACAAAAGAUCAUCUGAGAGGUGUAGAAGAACAGGGCAAUAGUGAAGUGUCAGGUAUCCAUCUACAGGAGCUACUGGUUCAUUGUGACAGCAAGUUGGAAUCACUUGAGAAUCAUACGUUUGGGAAGUUGGCUGAACCUACCACGUGGCUGCAACCAGAGCUUGAUUCUGCAAGAACAGACACACAGAACAAGUUUUUGCAACAGCUUGACGAAGACUUGGAGAAACAAGAGAGUCUCUUGAGAGAUCUGCAAAAGGAAAACCUCUCUGAGGAAUAUGUGAAGGAGGACCGACAUCUUCUCACAGGCAUACAUAAGCAAGAGGAAGAGCUCAGUGAUUUAUCAGAGCUGCAGUGUCCGUACAGGAAAGAGCUUGGUUCUCCAGGCGUACACAUACAGUACGAGGGAGAACCUGGCUCUUAUGUAUCAGAGCUGCAACGCAGGCACGAGGAAGAGUUAAAUGCAUGUGUGUCAGAGCUGCAGCGCCAGCACCAGGAAGAGAUCAAAACUCUUAUAUCUGAGCACGAAGAAGAGAUUCAAAACCUGGAGACAUCACACUUAUCAAAACUUGACACUCUGGAGUCAUCCUACCUUACAGAGAUCCAAAAGAUCCGCGAUGAGCACACACUCGCUCUGGCAGAUGUGGAGCUCUGCUUAUCUGAACGCCUUCAAGAAAAGGACAAGGAAAUGCAGGACAGAUUAGCUCAGGCUGAGGCACAGUGGCUGGAGCGACAUGAGCAAACAUUACAUCAAUCACAGGAACUCCUCAGGAAAGAGCUUGCAGCCAUUCAUAUAGAAAAGUUUCAGGCCAUGUCAAAGGAGCUUGAAGCCGCUCACAUGGCUGAUGUGAGUGAGAAACUUAGUCAGUUGCGGUCCCAGCUAGAAGCAGAGAAAAAUCAGGCAUUGGAUGCACUGCGAGAAGAAGUGUUGCAAAUGGAAGAACAGAACCGGCUUGUGUUGCAGGAGCUGCAGGACCUUCAUAGAGCACAGGUUUAUGAGGAAAGCCUGGAACAGUCACAAAAACUGCAGACUGAACUGAACCGAUUGAAGGAAGAGCUUCAAAAACAGGAGUUAUUAAUCUCAGACCUGAAUUCUGAACUUCAAGACAAAUGUGAUCACCAACAGCAAUUACAAGAGGAAAUGGAGUUGCUCAAGUGUCAGUCAGAGAUGCUACUUGAGCAACAGGUCACUCAGUUAAAGGAUGAAUAUGAAGUAUUAAAAAGUACUGCUGUACAGGAAAAAGAGGAGCAACUUAACAUAGAAGUGGAGAAAAUGCGGACCUCCCACCAGCUGGAGAUUGAACGUUUAACGGAGCAGCUCCAGGAAAAAGGCAAAUUAGUACUAAAUUUGCAAGAGAGGGUGUCUGUCCUGACCAAAGAAAUGGAAACUUCCGAGACACAGCUUGACGUUCUCGUACAGAGGAGGGAGCGAGAGAACCAGGAAUCUGACAAUUUGGUAGCAAUGCUACGAACAGAUGCACAGAAUUCUCAACAGGAACUGAAAAAGCUGCAGGAUUCCUGUCAACGUCUUCUCAAGGUGUUUACUGAAGUUCUAAAAAGCUCACUAUCCAUAGAGGAUCUGAUCUCUAAGAACAUCAGUGUCUGCUUAGAUAAAACACUGUUGCCAAAUGAUAUUGAUGACAGCAUGGAUACUACGACAAAGCCAUGGGGAAUCUCUGUGCAAUGCAAAGACCGCGAGCUUCCAGACAACGAUGACAAGCAUCGUGCUAGCCCAGAUUGUGACACGAUGACUGAGCACAGUUUGAUGUCCUCCGAUGAAGGCUGUGAAGUGUCAGAAUAUCUAUGUGACAGUGUGCUCGGUGGCCUUGAGGUUGGCCUAGAGAAUGAAGAGAAGAUCCUACAGAUUAGCCAACGCUUGCGAGCUGCAGUUGAGCGACUACUUGAGAUGGUUAAUGGUUCAGAAAUCCAGAUUGAGCAGACUCGUGAGAUGCAGACUCGUUUCCAGGUGGAGUUUCGUAGCAGGAACCAAGAAAUGGCGAUGGUUGUGAACCAGAGCCAAGACCUUCUGAAACGAUUGGUUGAAGAGACCGAGGCUAAGAAUAAAUUACAAGUGGAGCUUCACAAAGCCCAAGGCCUCAUUGAAGGUUAUGCUGUUGAAAAGGCUUCGUUGGAGGAGGAAUUAUCACGAAAGGAGGGUGCAGAGCGCCACUUGGUUAUGGAGCUGGAGAAGUCUCAGGAACAAUUGAAGAUCCUUACUAAGGAACCUGCUAUAUCUAAAGAGCAGAGGGAAGUGCUGACGCGGCUGCAAGAGAUUCUGUCUGGAAAUGUAGAAAAUAUUGAAGUUGAAUUACUGAAGGAAACUGAACGCUUGGCCAAAGAUAAACUAGAGCUGCAAUGCCAGGCAAAGAAGGAUCAAUCCAAUUUACUUUCUCAGAUGAAGGUCUUGGAAAUGGAGCUAGAAGAACAAAUGUCUCGCAAUCAGGAGCUUAUGAAAAAGACCAGUGAUAUGUCUGACCUUAAACAGCAAAUCCAGUCUCUCGAAAAGCAACUGAAAAACCAGAGACAGUUCAUGGAUGAGCAGGCUGUAGAACGUGAGCAUGAGCGAGAUGAUUUCCAGCAAGAGAUCCAGAAACUGGAGGAACAGCUCAAACAGACAUUGAAGAACCAAGGAGAAUUCAGGGCCUAUGGGCUACAUGACUGGUGUAUUCAGGUUGAGAACUUGGAAGCUCAAGUGAAGGAAAAAGCAGAUAACUGCAAUGCACUACUACAGGGAAAAGAUGAUCUUGAGCAGCAGAUUGCUGAAAGGAAUGAGGAGAUUGACAAGAUGUUGUUGCGAAUACAAGAGCUAGAACAGGCUGCCCUGAGUAACGCCGAGGCAGCUAAACAAUGUGGUCAACUGGAGGCUGAACUACAGAAAAUGCGCAAUGUAGAGAAGGAGCUUUUACAGGAUAAGGAGGCUCUGCAACAGCAGCAGUACAACAAUGUUCUUCAGAUCUCUGCCCUUCAGUCGAAAUUGGAUGAGGCUCGCCAUAGAGUACCAGUUGAGGGAGAUUCUGACAGUAUCUUGAAAGAGGAAUUUCAAGCAGAGCGUGAGGCUUUGCACAGAAAAGAAAAAGAGGCAGAAAGUCUUGCUGAACAAUUAGAGCAGUUUAGAGAGGCGCUGGUGAAUAAGACAGAGGAGAUUCUUCAGCUGAGCAUGCAGCUUGAGAUCCAGCGCAAACAGCAUGAUCUAGCGGUCAGACAGGCUGAGAUGGAGUGUGUGCAACUGAAGGAUGAAUUAUCCUCUCUACAACAACAAAGGGAACAGUACAGAGCCAAUUCUUCGUUACAGCUUCCCCAGGCAUUGCUACAGGAGAAGAAUCAGGAGAUUGAUCAUCUUAAUGAACAACUUUUAAGGCUUAAGCAAGAGCAAAAGGCUGUGAUGUCACAGGAUGCAGAGGUAGAGGAGUUGGCUUCACUAGUUGAACAUCUCCGUAGUGACCAGGAGAGGCUGCAGAAGGACAAAGAAGAAGAGGUGGAGCAACUGCAUGAAGUUAUCGAAAAGUUACAGAAGGAGCUGGAGCAGCUAGGACCUAAUAGACAUGAAGUCAGUGAUAGCCAGGAGAGUCUAGAUCAGUUAGGACUUGGAGACGCAGGAAAUCUACAAAAGGAGCUGAGAAAAGGCUUGCAGCAACCUCAUAUGGGUUAUUUGACUGACCUGGACCAAGGACCAACAUUACGCAUGGAAUUUCAGCAGUUGGAAUUUAAAGAAACCCAUGUUGAUGCUGAAUUAGAAGUACGGAAACAAUUAGAAGAUAAGGAGGCUUUGUACAAUGCAGAGAUUGAGGUUUUGGAAGAAAAUCUACGCAACCUUCAAGAGUCUAAUAGACUGCAGACCCAAGAGUUGAGCCAUCUUGACAUGCAGCUCACCAGCCUACAAGAAGAGAAUGAACUCCUUAGAAAUCGCGUGUCAGACAGAGAUGCAGAGCUUGCUGCACUCUCUUUAAAGGUUCAGGAGAUGCAAGAUUUCUUGCGAGAGAGGGAGAGCUCCUUGGUAGAAAAGGAUCUCUUGGUACAAACACUACAAGAGCAGCGCGCUGCUGAUUUAUUGGAGCUGGAAAAUCAACUUACUCAGAGAGGCAUCCUUCUUGAAGAACAAACAGUGGAGUCACAGGAGUUGCAAAAAUCUAAUGUAUCUCUCAAUGAACUCCUGGAAAAGUUUUCCAGUGAGCUCGAUGACCGAGAAAAGAAAUACAUGGAGGAGAUACAGGACCUGAAAGAUCACCUCCAAAAAUCUGAGAAAAAAGUUGAAUCCUUAACAGAAGAGAUUCAGAAGUUGAAGGCAAAGACUUUCAAUCCAUCGGUCAUGGACGCACUGAAAGAAGAGCUUAAUGCUGCAAAACAUUUUGCCUCUUCGCGAGAAGCUGAACUGCACAAUGCAGAGAAUCUGCUGGCCAAAAUGAGGUGUGAGCUUGAACAAGUACAUGCUGAGUGCAAGCACAAAGAAGAAAGAUCACAACAGAUCCUGCAGCAGAUCAAGAAGCAAAGUAUUUGCAUGGCUGAGUUACAACCUCACUCAGACAAUCUUGAAGCAGAGAAGCAAAAGCAGCCUGAUGUGUCAGAACAGCAGCAGACCCAGGAGGACCGAAUGAAUAAUCUCUAUGAUCUCAGUGCUUUUCUGAAACCCAGGAGUUUUACAGAGAGUCUUACAGACAUGAGUGCCUGGGAUUCUCCAGAUAUGGUCCGGAAACAAGAACAAAAUCACAGUCUGAGAGUCUUCACUCCAUUCUCAGAUAUAAGCAUUGAAUGCACCAAUGAACGCAAUCUCAUUCCAUCAAAGACCUCUGUCCAGCUGACACUGCCCAAUCAGCAUGACCACUUGGAAUCCAGUACUCCAUCUCUGAGUGGAAGCAAUUACUCCAUACCAAUAUCCAAUGAUACACACAGGAGCAGUCUUGUUGGAGACACACAAUAUGCUGUAACAGAGUACGAUUCCUGUGAAGACCCAAGGAGUGAAAUAGAAAGACACCAUGAGCUCUCUGAUAAACACUAUUACAAAUCAGAAGAUAACUUCAAUCCUCAGCUGGAUAGGAAAGGGUUUUUCUUACAUAGAGAGCAGAUUGUAAAUACCAUGAAUAAGCAAGACCUUCCUGAACAACUACAGAGCAUGUUGAACAUGGUACACGAGGAAAGCUGCAAGAUUCUGGCUCUUUCGGAGCGCCCUGUGGUCCAAAUGCCCUGUGAAGAAUGUUCUGAGCAUACACUGCAGAGAGAGCUCUGGCAUCAAGAGAAACUAAACCUGCAUGAAGCUAUUCACACAUUGAGAGGUGCCUUGACGCAAGCCAUUGGGAAAGAUGAAAAGGAUUCUUCCCAUGGCAGCUCAGACUGGAGGAGGGAGCUGUUGCAGAGUGUACAAGUACUAUUGGAAAGUGAGAUGGAAUAUCUGCGUUUGGAGAUGAAAGCGCAUUUUUGCCAGCAUGCUUCUGAGGACAAAACUUCACUCUCUCAGAAAAUGGAGCUCAUGAUGAAAGCGCAGGAAGAGCAGAAGCGCCUUGUCCUGGAGCAUCUUUUGGCCUCAGACCGCAGCAGCUUGUUGUCUGAAAUUAAAGAUCUGCGGUCACAGCUGCGAAUGGCCCACUUACAAAAUCAGGAGAAACUGCAGCAUCUGCAGGAGUCCCUUACAAAAACAGAGGAGAGAGGAAGCACAAAGGAACACCAACUGCGCAGGCAGGUGGAGCUAUUGGAGUACAAGUUGCAGCAGGAAAGCUCUAUCUCUGAAGAUCUGAAGGCCUCAUUGGCACAUGAGAGGGAAAGGGCAUCUGAACAGCACAGGCAGCUACUGCUUGAGCAGGGUUCCGUUUCGCAACUACGGGCUGAGCAAGAAGAAAUGUUGAUGGAACAGGAGAAGCUAAUACAGUCCCAGAAGGAGCUUCAGAAGGAAAUAUCCAAGUUGAGAGAACAACUGGAGAGGAGUGAACAGGCCAUACAAGCCUUGAAAACUCAACAGGAGCUUGAAAAUAAGAAAGCUGAUGAGGAGAAAAUUAUGAUGAAACAGAGAGCAGAGCUCAGAGAGAAAUGUAUCCAAGAUACCUCUGCCUCCCUGGAUGAGCAGCGAGCCCAGAAUAACAAACUCUCGGCAGCUUUGAGCCAGGAACAGUCUUGCAGUGCCAACCUCCGCAGAGACCUUCAGAUUGAGCAGUCUCGUUUUGAGGCUCUACUUUCCCAAGAGCGUAGCAAAGUGUCACAGGCAGAAGACGAAUUGGCCAAACUGAGGCAACACUCACAAAGUCUCUCUAGCACCUUAACGCAUGAGCGGAACACACUGGAAGAGCUCAAGCACCAGCACAAUCGAGAGUUAUCCAGGAAGGAACAGGAGAGACGGCAAGAGCACAAUCUAGUUUUAGAAUUGCAGAACCAGCUGAAAGAGGAGCGACAUGGCGCAAGGGAGCUAGCUUCCAUGAUAGAGAAGACCCAGCACCAAGCUGUCUCUGUUAAACGUCAAAUGGAGGCUGACAUUCAAGUGACCCGUGAAGAAACCCUAAAAGAACGGGAAGAGAGUAUAAAGAUGCGUGCCAUGCUAGAGACUUUGCAAACUCAGAAACAGCAGUUGGACAGCUCUCUAGAGCAGCAAAGAGAGCGUGAGAGCCGUCUACAGAAAGAGCGUGAUCAGUAUCAAGCACAGCUUUUAAUGCUUCAGGAGGAGAAAAGAAUAUUGGAGAAAGAGAGAGAGAAUGAGAGGAAAAGGAAUCAAGAAGCAAAGGCUAACAAAGAGAGGGAAGAAGAAUGGCAAAGGAGAAUACAGGAUUUGCAAUUACAACAUGAAAGAGAUCAGCGUCGUAUCCAAGAACUGCAGCACAUGUUGGCAGUCUUGGAGGAACAAGAACGUGCUCUCAGCUCUCGAAAGAGCCGCCUCUGGACUGAUUCAUAUAGUCCUUCCCGUAAUGUUACCAACUUCACCUCCUCCACAGAACACAGUCACAAACUGGAAAAUAUAUGGCAACAACUGUUUCGUGCGGUUUUGCAGGUGAAGAAAUGGGUGCAGAACAAACACAGCACGCUUGUGUGCUCCCCUGUUGAAGAAGAAGUGAUGUCAUUGCUAGAAACCUUGUCAGAGCUGAAAUCUGAAAUCCAGCUACAGUAUGUACAGUCGCAAGCAAAAUCGUCACCCAGUGUUAUAGAUGUACUGCGAAGUGAAAAUGAGGAGCUUACAAAGUCUCUAACACUGCUCACCAAGGAAAAACUGGAACUAAGAAGUCAACUAACACAACUUCGUAAAACUCUGCAACAGUCUCCACAAAGAGGGUUGGAUGAGGAACAGAUCCGCACUUAUGAUGCUGUAGACUCUAGGCUAGAAUCCGAGAGGGCAGCAUGGCAAAGGGAGAAACGUCUCUUGCAGAUUGCACUAAAACAUGCCGAAUCAGAGCUGAGCAGAGUGACUGCAGAAAACAAGCAAGUGCCUGAUGUUUCAAACUCCAAGGUACAACGCAUUUACAGGAAGUAUCUGAGAGCAGAAAGCUUCCGCAAAGCCUUAGUAUAUCAGAAAAAAUAUCUGCUGCUCCUUCUUGGUGGGUUUCAGGCUUGUGAAAAAGCAACACUAUCGCUAAUUGCCCGUAUGGGUGUGUACCCAUCACCUGCAGAUGUGCAGGUUCCCAACAGCCACCGUCCAGGGCUCACCAAAUUCCGAUCCGCUGUCAGAGUUGUUAUUGCUAUUUCCAGAUUAAAGUUUUUGGUAAACAAAUGGAAUAAGAUAUAUAGGAAGAGCAACAAUGGAGAAGCAGGAAAACACAGUUCUGCUUUGCUUCAACAAGUGAGCAGCAGGAUGGAUGUUUUGCAACCACUGGGGAGUAAUCUUCUCAACUCCCCUCCCACUCGAGAUAUGCCAUUGUGCCUUCGACUCAGUCCAGCUACUAUAGGUGUUUCACCGAGGCAACCUCUGUGGACUCAAAACAGGUUAAAUCAUUCAAACACUUCAGAACGACUGUCAUACCCCACUCAGGAUCCUGAGCACUCUAUCACAGAGUACAUUAAGCACUUAGAGAUGGUGCAGCAAAAGUUGGGUGGGCUGUAAAAAGAUUCUUCACCGGAGCUUCCUCUCUCAGCUUUAUCUGAAACAUACAGCCUGAACCCAAUCAACUUUUUAUCACUUCCACAAAAUUUGUAUAUUUUUAUUAUGCAAGAAAUAUGCACUGAAGAUGUUUUAGCACAUGUAAAAAGUAUGAAGUUUUUAUAUCUGUGUAAUGUGUGGUAAACCAUUGUUCACAUACACAAUGUUUUGAAAACACGGGGUUCAAUGUGGUUUUUUUUUUUUAUGUAUAUCUUGAUUAAUUUUGUACAAAAUAAACCUAUAUUUACUUAU